AUGUCUGCAACGAUACCCACCGGUUCUAAAAAACCUUACGAUACUUUUUAUAACAGGCUAAAGCUUUCCUUGGCUUUGAUAAUAAUACGAGAUAAACCAAUUGGUUGGACUGUAGAAGAAUACAUCCGUUUCGUGAAUUGUCAACCUUUAACGCAACCUUUAACGGGACAGCGAGAGAAAUUGGUAGAGAUGACCAAAGAAAUAAAAGAGCAGAUUGGUAAUUAUGGUGCCAAUGAGAAUAUGGGCGACUCGGAAUCAAUGAAGAAUCAAGAAAUAGAAAACAAGGAAAAUGUGGAUCAUGUUAAUCUCGACAACGAAAAAAGUGAUAGCAAAGAAGAUCAAAAUAUACAAGUGGAAAAUGCUAUGGAGGCAGAUAAUGAAAAAUCUGGAUGGAGAAAGAGAGCUUUGGAAUUGACAAGUGAACUUGAGACGCUCAAGCAACAGUUAUGUGCAGUUGAACAAGAGCUCGAAGCCGUAAAAACUAGUAUUCCAUCUAACAAACGGAGGAAAAAGAAAGAAACGCGGCAAAUUAAGGAAGAAACAGAGCAAACUAUAGAUGUGUCAAUGGCAACCUCGAACGAAAAGCAAUCUGGUAAAGUUGUAGCCCCGAAAAAAGGUUGCAAACGACAAAAUAAUCCUGAAUGUCAGACGCAAGAAGCUGACGAUG